UCUUUUUACGUCCUGUCCUCUACGUCGUGUUCCAUUUCCAACCCGACCGCAACUCACCCUGAGUUCACUUUUGUUACCGGCGACAGACGCUCCUCUCCGGCAGAGAACCGCGCCGCAGCCCUCCCACCAAGCGACCCUGUUUCUGGGGGGCGGGGUCGACGGACGGUCGGUCAUUCAUCCGAUGUAAAUUCGACAACGUUAAUUUCGUUGAGUGCGUUUUAUUUCUGAAAACCUUUGGAUAAACCAGGCGCACCGUCAAUCUACGAGAGCAGGUAAGGGGGUGCCAUGCCAGCUGCUGUUCCCCCUCUGCUCCCCCUCUCCACCUGGUGGUGGUGUCUGGUACUGCUGCAGCUUUCACAGGCCCUGACCCAGCCCCAGCUGGACCCUAACCCAGAGAAGGCCUCUCCCGCUGGGCAGGCCUUCCCUUACCUCUCCCUGGAUGGAUCUCCCCUCAACCACCUCCUACUGGACCCCAGGUCUGGUCAUCUGUACGUGGGGGCGGUCAACCAUCUCUACCAUCUGUCGCCUGACCUCCAGGUGCUGUCCUCCAGUCAGACUGGCCCCAAACUAGACAGUCCUGAAUGCCUGCCACCCAUAGUCCCCAAGGACUGCCCCAGCGCCCGGGUCACCCCCAACACCAAUAAGAUCCUGCUCCUGGAGGAAGGCGUGGACGCGGUGGGGUCAGAGGUCAGGGCAAGGAGCCUGAUCGUGUGCGGGACAUUGUUCCAAGGUAUCUGUGACAAGAGGAGUCUGGGUAAUGUGUCCGAGGUGCUCUAUCAGACGUCCAACCCAGUGGACACGCAGUACGUUGCCGCCAACGACCCCCGCGUCUCCACCGUGGGCGUGAUCUUGAACCAGAAGGGGGUGGGGCUGAUGCUAGUGGGGCGUGGCUACACUAGUAAAGGCCCCAGCGACAUCCCACCAAUCACAACGCGCCGUCUAUCCCCCAGUUCCUCCCCCUCCCGCCAGGCCUUCUCUCAAGACGAAGAACUAGGGAAGCUGGUUGUCGGGAGCUACUCCGAGUACAACAACAACUUCAUAUCGGCGUUUAACCACAGCGACCACGUCUACUUCCUGUUCUCGCGGAGGGACAUGUGGCACAAGAAGGAGUACCGGACCUACGUUUCACGUCUCUGCGCCUGGGACCGGAGCUUCUACUCCUACGUGGAGGUUCCGUUGGAAUGUUCCGGCGGUUACAAUCUCGCCCAGGGGGCUUCCCCCGCCGAACACCAGGGGCGGCCGGCGCUGUUCGUUGCCAUGGCGGCGGGGCAGGCGUCGACGCCCACGGCGACGGGUCGCUCGGCUCUGUGUGUUUAUGGGAUGUCAGAGCUGGAUGCGUCGCUACAGAGGGCCCAGGAGCUGUGUUAUACAGAGGGCGGAAGAGGAAGGACAGGACAGGAGGAGGCAUACAUAGAGUAUGAGGUGUCGUCCAAGUGUCUACGCCUGCCCAAGGAUUCGUUAAAGGAGUACCCAUGUGGAGGGGAACACACCCCCAGCCCCAUCGCCUCUGCGGUUCCCCUGUCAGCCACCCCCUCUCUGACCAGGGAAACCCAGCUCACCGCUGUCACCACCGCUACCGAGGCCGGCCACACCAUCGCCCUGCUGGGGGACAAGAAGGGCUGGCUGCAUAAGGUAUUUAUCGAGCCUGACACAACAGGGACAUUGUAUCAGAGUGUAUUGGUGGACCAGGACAGGCCAGUCAACGCUGACCUACUACUGGACCAGUCUGGACAGAAUGUCUACGUCCUCACUGAUGGCAAGGUGUCCAAGGUGUCUGUAUCUCAGUGUGAACAGCAGCCUGACUGCCAGUCCUGUCUGUCUGUCAGAGAUCCUUACUGUGGCUGGUGUGUCCUGGAGGGAAGAUGCACUCGUCGACUGGAGUGUAGUCGUGAGGGCCAAGCCAACCACUGGCUGUGGAGCUACCAGCCUGCCAACCAGCCUGCCGACCAGCCUGCCGACCAGCCUGCCGACCAGCCUGCCGACCAGCCUGCCAACCAGUGUGUAACUGUCCAGAGCCUAAAGCCUGCCAUCCAGAGCAGAGAGGAGGCGACUCAGGUGUCUCUAACAGUGGCCCAGCUGCCCACCCUGACAGAGGAGGAGUCUCUUUCCUGCUCCUUUGGAACCCUCCCCCCUCAGCCAGCCAUCGUCAAGGGAACCACCAUCACCUGUCAAUCACCCCUGCCUGAGCUCCUCCCACCCAGCCCACCAGGAAGUGACCACGUGUCCCUACGUGUAUCUGUGAUGUUCAGAGACGUGGCCAUCUCUAGCAGUGACAUCAUCUUCUACGACUGUCGAGCUGUGGGGCGACUCAACACCACAUCUCCGUGUAUGGCGUGUGUGGGCAGUGUGUGGCCUUGUAGCUGGUGUGUCCUGGGUGGGCUGUGUACCCACACCAACAACAGCUGUCCCAGGCAGCACACCAUACACAACUCACUGGAGGAGCAGUUGGAGCCGCGGGGUCCAGAAUCUUGUCCCUGUGUGUGGGCUCUACAGAGCUCUCCUCUGGUCCCCAUGGGCUUCCUGUCCCCUCUGACCCUACUGGGCAGGAACCUUGACAUGUUUCAGAGGGAGGAGCAGUAUGUGUGUGUCGUGGUUGUGGAAGAGGAGGAGCUUAAACUGAACGCCACUCUGGAGAAAGAUCCGGAAAACAUGACGUACACCUUCACCUGCUCUGCCCACAAGUUCCAGUACCCAGUUAACCAGUUGGAAUAUUCAGCUCCCAUCUAUCUACAGAGAGGCUCCCAUCAAAUCGACUCUGCACCCAAUCUCAGACUGCAACUAUAUGACUGUUCAGUGGGCCAGUCUGACUGUAGCCAGUGCAGAGCGGUGCCAUCAGAUUAUGGCUGUGUCUGGUGUGGAGGAGAGUCACCUGGCUGUGCCUACCACCUGUCCUGUACCAGCUCACCUGGGCCAGAAGACGCCUGCCCUCCGCCUCACAUCAUACAGAUCCAGCCAGUGAGUGGUCCGGUGGAAGGGGGUGUGCUGGUGACCAUCCAUGGGUCUAACCUGGGGAUGCACUACCAGGACAUCCAGGGAGGGGUGACUGUAGCUGGUGUCAGCUGUCUGCCUCAGCCCCAUGGAUACCUCAUCUCUACCAGGAUAGUGUGUGAGCUCCAGCCCAGUAAACAGGAGACAGAGGGGCCAGUCAUCGUUACCGUGGGAGACUCAGAACCAGGACAGUCACUGCAGACAUUCACCUACCAGGACCCUCAGUUGACUGGUAUAGUCCCUGAUAAGGGCCCUGUAUCAGGAGGGACCAGCCUGACAGUCCAGGGGACUCGGCUACUAACGGGACAGAGGAAGGACCUGACUGCAUACGUAGGACAACAACCCUGCUACAUUGUUGAGGAGGUGAAUGGGACCCACCUGGUAUGCAGGACCAGCCCCAGUAACCAGACAGCAGAGCUGACGGUGAGGGUGUUGUUUGGGAAGGCAGAGAGGACCGUACCUGGGCAGGUGUUUCACUACAUGGAGGACCCUGUCAUCACCGCAGCAUCGCCUGCUGAGAGCUUCUACGAGGGUGGGCGUAAUGUAAAGGUGAGUGGGCGUAACCUGGACGUGGUUGCAACAGCCAAUGAUCUCCGUGCGGUUGGAGCACAUGGCAGAGAACAUCCUGGUCAUGAGAAGGAGGAGAUACGCCAGACUGUUGGCCAAGAACCACCUACUAGUCUUCAACAGCACCGUAAGCAGGAGCGUUGUAGGGUGAUCUCGUCCUUUGAGAUGACCUGUGUGACCCCGAGUGUGACCCAUGACUCCAAGGUCUUGGGGGUGUGGUUUGAGCUGGACAACGUUAAGGUGUCGUUUGAGAGCGUCGCAGGGAAGACGUUCUCUUACUACCCCAACCCCGAGCUGUUGGCUCUGAACAGAGAUGACCCAGACACACCCUACCGCUUCAAACCUGGAGGGGUCAUCGCUGUAGAGGUGAAUCCUAACUUUACAGCAGCUUCUCUGACCGACACGGUGGUGAUGGGGAAGCUGAACGUAGACCUGGGUACAGUGCAGUAUGAUACAGAAGGCCUCUCACCUGUCCCUCUGGCUGCCCAGGUGGGUCUGGCUGCAGGGGCUGCUGUGGUGGUCCUAGUGGUGCUGGUCAUCAUCCUCAUGUACAGGAGGAAGAGCAAACAGGCUCUGAGAGACUACAAGAAGGUUCUGGUUCAGCUGGAGACUCUGGAGAUCAAUGUGGGAGACCAGUGCAGGAAGGAGUUCACAGAUCUGAUGACAGAGAUGAUGGAUCUGAGUAGUGAUGUGGGUGGACCAGGUAUUCCUCUCCUGGACUAUAAGACGUAUGCAGAGCGCGUGUUCUUCCCCGGCCAGAGGGGGGCGCCCCUGAGUCAGAACCUGGACCUGCCAGAGUCCCGCAGACGGACGGUGGAACAGGGCCUGGGACAACUCAACAACCUCCUCAACAACAGACUUUUCCUUAUCAGGUUCAUCCACACCCUCGAGGCCCAGCAGAACUUCUCCCAGCGUGACCGUGGUUACGUGGCGUCUCUCCUGACCAUGGCCCUGCACGACAAGCUGGAGUACUUCACUGAUGUCAUGAAGACCUUACUGGGAGACCUGGUGCAGCAGUACGUCACCAAGAACCCCAAACUCAUGCUGCGCAGGACGGAGACGGUGGUGGAGAAGAUGCUAACCAACUGGAUGUCCAUCUGUCUCUACUCCUUCCUCAAGGAGGUGGCUGGGGAGCCCCUGUAUAUGCUGUACAGAGCCAUCAAGUACCAGGUGGAUAAGGGACCAGUAGACGCUGUGACGGGGAAGGCCAAGCGCACCCUGAACGACAGCCAUCUACUGAGAGAGGACAUCGACUACUGCUCUAUCACUCUGACGGUGAUGGUGAAGAGUGGUGUGGAGGUGCAGCCGUGUCCGGUCAAGGUGUUGGACACUGACACCAUCACACAGGUCAAAGACAAAAUCCUAGACCAGAUCUAUAAAGGAGCUCCCUUCUCACAGAGACCUGCUGCAGACUCACUAGACCUGGAAUGGCGAUCGGGACAGGCUGGUCACCUGACACUGUCAGACGAUGACGUCACAGCGAUCGUUCAGGGGCGCUGGAAGAAACUCAACACUCUGCAGCACUACAAGGUGCCAGACGGAGCUACAGUGGCUCUGAUCCCCAGAUCAGCUGCUGUCGUGGGGAUUCACCAGGUCUACCAGACUGGAGAGAAGACACCCAUGUUGGAUGGGGAGGGGGAGGAGGGGCUGAGGCUGUGGCACCUGGUGAAGUCCAACGAGGAACCAGAGAUGCCCAAACACAGGAAGAGCAGCAUGAGAGAGAGGGAGAGGGCCAAGGCCAUACCAGAGAUAUACCUGACACGACUACUAUCUAUGAAGGGGACGCUGCAGAAGUUUGUCGACGAUGUGUUCGUAGCCAUCCUCAACACCAAGCGUCCUCCUCCCAUCGCUGUGCGUUUCUUCUUUGACUUCCUGGAUGACAUGGCAGAGAAACAUGGCAUCGACGACCCCGAGACCGUGCACAUCUGGAAGACCAACAGCCUGCCUCUGAGGUUCUGGGUCAACAUCCUGAAGAACCCUCAGUUUGUGUUUGAUGUCCAGGUGACCGAUAGCGUGGACGCUGUCCUCUCUGUCAUCGCGCAGACGUUCAUCGACUCCUGCACCACCUCCGAACACAAAGUCGGACGGGACUCUCCAGUGAACAAGUUGCUCUACGCCAGAGAGAUCCCCAGAUACAAGCAGCUGGUUGAGAGGUAUUACAGUGACAUCCACAGUGCAGCAUCUGGCUGUUACCAAGAGAUGAACUCUACUCUAACGGAGCUGUCUGGGAGUUUUGGAUCAGACAUGAACAGUCUGGUGGCUCUGCUUGAGUUGUAUAAGUACAUCAACAAAUACUACGACCAGAUCAUCGCGUCUCUGGAGGAGGACGCAGCUGGACAGAAGAUGCAGCUGGCCUAUCGUCUACAGCAGGUCGCCGCCCUGGUGGAGAACAAGGUCACUGACCUCUAACCUCUCACCUCUGACCUGUGACCUAUCGUCUACAGCAGGUCGCCGCCCUGGUGGAGAACAAGGUCACUGACCUCUAACCUGUCACCUCUGACCUGUGACCUAUCGUCCCCAGCAGGUCGCUGCCCUGGUGGAGAACAAGGUCACUGACCUCUAACCUGUCACCUCUGACCUGUGACCUAUCGUCCCCAGCAGGUCGCUGCCCUAGUGGAGAACCACAGACUGACAGGGCUGCGUUCAGUAAAACAGAACGUUACACCAGAUACAGCAGAGAACGCGGAACACUCAGAUCCACUUCCUCAUGGUUAUUUUUUUCCGGGAUCGGGGCCCCACUCUUGGUCUGUUUAUUGCCCCCGCCCCCGCGGAGGGGGGGGGGUGCCUCAGAGCGAAACAUCUCAAUGGAAAAAUGUAUUCUGGUAGGGGCGGAGUUUUCUCUGGCGUUAGAUAUUAUGGAGGAACCAAACCCACGUGAGAAAGGAAACUUACACACUUACACAGAUCAUUUAAAUAAAAUGGGCGGAGUAAAUUUAUCUUAUUUAUCCCCCAUAAAUGUUUUAUGUUACGUGUGUAUGUGUGUGUGUGUGUGUGUGUGUACAUGGAUCGGAAGUUGCUUCCAGAGGCAGUUUGGAACUCGGUAGUGAGCAUUGCAACCGAGGACAGAUGAUUUUUACACUCUUUGAGCUUCAGCACUUGGUGGUCCCGUUCUGUGAGCUUGUGUGGCCUACCACUUUGUGGCUGUGCCGUUGUUGCUCCUAGACUUUUCCACUUUACAAUAAACAGCACUUAACAGUUGACCAGGGGGCAGCUCUAGCAGGGCAGAAAUGUGAUGAACUGACUUGUUGGAAAGGUGGCAUCCUAUGACGGUGCCACGUUGAAAGUCACUGAGCUCUUCAGUAAGGCCAUUCUACUGCCAAUGUUUGUCUAUGGAGAUUGCAUGGCUGUGUGCUCAAUGUUAUCCACCUAUCAGCAACAGGUGUGGCUGAAAUAUAAUCCCCUAAUUUGAAGGGGUGUCCACAUACUACUGUCUAUAUAUAUAUAUAUAUAUAUAUAUAUAUGGGUGUAGAGACAGGGUACGUUCCAGGGUGUCUGUAUUGCAGUCAUGUUGCACAGAUGAUCACAUGUCACACCGCCUAUAUUAACCCCCUGAGCCGUACAGGUUGACUGCAACAUGGACGUUCUGUAACGAGCCCACAGUCUAGUCUUAACAGUCAGGUUGACCACUAUAGCCACCGUUGGGGGGCCUCCACCCUGCAGCUCUCCAGACUCUACUGUCUCUACAGAUGGACGGUCAAGUUGACCAUGUGUUGUCUUUUUUUUUUUAAAUUUUAGCAAAACCUUCCUUUGUUAGCAGUAGUUUUAAACAUCUUUAUCUUUGAAUACCAGGAAAUAUAAGCUCAAUUUCUGGCGAUGUAUUAAAAUGUUUGCUUUCUUUAAAACCCCCCCCCCAUGUCUUGUUGUUUUGAAGACCAUUUUACGAUUACACACUGAAGGUUUUAAAGCAGUCUAAUCUGUAUGUUCUGUGCUAUCUAGUAGCUGGCCACUGAACUCAACACAAGCUCUUUACUGCAGAACAGAGACAUGUUGUUGUUACACAUUUUCACCUUCUCUGUGGGGGUCUGAACCUAGCCUGAGUACCAGUCUGUUACUGCUCUGUGGGGGUCUGAACCUAGCCUGAGUACCAGUCUGUUACUGCUCUGUUGGGGUCUGAACCUAGCCUGAGUACCA